AUGCUAGUUUAUGACUUGGGAGGGGCAAUAAGAUGGUCACUCCAAGGGUGCCUUACAAUUUUUGCUUCUAUGAGGUUCUCACAUAAAAUUGUUGAGGAGGCUAAUGGCGGACAAAAUCAGGCAGAUGGAGACAAUGAGAAGAGAGAGCGGUUUUCUGAUUGGGGUUGGGAAAUAAUUGGGGCUGGGGUUGUUUUGCUUACUGACCAUCAGCACGUACAGUGGGCGUCGGCUCUUCACAAGAUCAAAAAGGUGGUUGCACUUUCAUCCUCAGCAUCCACCCAUGCAUGA